AUGGCUUCUCGACAAGCUUUUACUGACUCUGACACUGCGGACGAAGCUGUCAGAGCCACAUGCGACGAUGCGACUGUGUGCAAACGAUUUGCAACUAGUAAGGGAUAUUGGAAGGACCUUUAUAUCCAAUAUUUUGCGAGAUCUGUUGGGGAUCGUAAAGCCCCAGAAAUAAACAGAGGUUACUAUGCUCGUGUUACGGGGGUCAACCAUCUCCUUGACGCUUUCAUUCGUAAAGCCGAGAGUGACUGUCAAGUUAUCAAUCUUGGUGCAGGAUUAGACACCACUUUCUGGAGACUAAAGGAAGAAAACCUCUUGCCAAGGAAGUACUUUGAAGUUGAUUUUCCAACAGUUGUGGCCAGAAAAAUACACCACAUCAAUGUGUUCUCUGCAUUUUCACUCGGGUAA